AGCUUACGUUUGUCAACGCGAAUAUAGUCAUUCUAGUCGCGAAUUGUGUCAGAAAUCAGAUCAGAAUCGAUUAUUGCACUAAACAAAACUUAUAUGUUAUUAAAGACAACUUAUUUUAAAUGGCUUUUCCGUCGUCGAGUACGCAGCAAACUGAUGUAACUAAAAAAAUCUUAGAGGAUAUCCAAAUAAAGAAGCAGCUUCUGCAGAAAGGAGUGAGUUCCGUAUCUUCUAAUAUUACUGUUACCCCCGCCGGAUUAACUAUACCUCAGUAUAUACAAGCAACCAACCAGACUCAGUCUACUUUAACAGUAGAAACCAACAUCAACACUGCGACCAAAGCUGUUUGGAACCAAGCUCUGAACCAAUCGUACGGAUUUUUUAUUCCUCAAGAUUCGCUGUACGGAAACAGUAUAAUUCCGGUACUACCCCGUUUCGAGAAUACAACGCCAACAAACAGCAGCGGGAGUUCUAAUGGUUCUACUGUGCUUAGUGGAAGUAAAUAA